AUGCACGGGAGUUCCAUGGUAUUUUCUCUUGCGUAUUUGACCGCCAGUCUGGGGCAAGUUGGAGCGCAAACGUUCAAUGCCUCGCUCCUCGAAGGGAUUUUCGAGGCGGUUGGAAACCGCUCGAGACUUUACGCGCUGGAUGACAGCACACUCGCAGACUGGCGCUCUCUAGUCGGGAAGAAACGGCACGGAGGAGAAUCCCAGCACGCCACAGUGAAAGCUCUGCUGAUCUUCGCCUAUUCCGUCAUUAUCUUCAUCUCUCUGUUUGGAAACAUCCUCGUGUGCCAUGUGGUUAUUAAAAACAAGCGCAUGCACUCAGCAACAAGUCUCUUCAUCGUCAAUCUUGCUAUUGCUGAUAUUCUGAUAACGUUGCUGAACACGCCGUUCACUCUGGUGCGGUUUGUGAACAGCACUUGGAUGUUCGGGAGAGGCAUGUGUCACAUUAGUCGAUUCGUGCAAUACUGCUCAUUACAUGUGUCAACGCUGACCCUCACUGCUAUAGCGCUGGACAGGCGACAGGUGAUUCUGUACCCGCUGAAGCCGAGGAUGUGUACCGGACAGGGCGUGGUCUGCAUCAUCUUCAUCUGGCUCAUGGCCAGCUGUUUCUCUCUGCCUCACGCCAUCUACCAGAAACUCUUCACUUUCGUCUACAGUAAGGACAUAGUUCGCUCUCUGUGUGUUCCGGACUUCCCAGAACCCUCUGAUCUGUUCUGGCAGUACCUGGAUUUGGCCACCUUCAUCCUGUUGUACGUUCUGCCCCUCCUCAUCAUCACGGCAGCGUACUCGGCCAUCGCCCGCCGCCUGUGGCGCCGUAACGCCAUCGGCGACGUCACUAGCGAGCAGUACUUUUUGCAGCGAAGGAAACGGAAGAGGACCAUCAAGAUGCUGGUUUUGGUGGUGGCCGUGUUUGCCAUCUGCUGGUUUCCAUUGAACUGUUACGUGGUGUUGUUGUCCAGUCAGGCCAUUCAGUCCAACAAUGCCAUUUACUUCAGUUUCCACUGGUUGGCCAUGAGCUCCACCUGCUACAACCCCUUCAUCUACUGUUGGCUGAACCAAGGCUUCAGGGCCGAACUCACGUACCUACUGGGCAUGUGCAGACACGGUCGGGGAAGGGGGAGGGGCAGAGGAAACGUGGGACAGGGGGAGGGGCCCGAUCAGAUGGCUCCGCCCUGCGCGGCCUGCCGAAGGACAGCCUGGCCAGAGAGCCAGGGCUCCUCGCAACAGUCCAAUCCCAAAGGUAGCCACGCCCUCAGGUCGGCUUCACUCGCCCAAUCAGGGAAGACGGACAUCCUCUCGGUGGAGCCUAUUGUGGCCGCCAGCUGA